GUCGUAGAAAGCCACAAAAACGUAUCCGCCGUAUCCCCGCAGAUUUUGGCCGGGCUCUAAAGGUCUAAUCCAAUCAAAAGCUGACCUCAUUCGACAAUUGACAAUUGAAAUCAGACCACCAAAUCUACAACGACGUCUACAUUACAUACAACAUACAACAUACAACAUACAACACUCUCCCCUGUAAACAACCAACGAAUAUAUAAUAAUAAAUAAUAAGCGAAUAGACCACUACGAUGCUUCCACAGCGACAGCUUCUCCGCGCGACGCCGCGCCUGGCUUCCCAGCUGCGUGCCGCCAACACCGCACCCGUCUUCCGCUCCGCUCUGCAGCGCCGCUUGGCUUCGACCGAGAACGCCUUCAUCAAGGAGCGACAGGCUGUCAAGGAGCACGCUGCCGCCACCACGGAGCUCUGGCGCAAGAUCUCCAUCUACGCCGUCAUCCCCGCCCUAAUCCUCGCCAGCGUCAACGCCUACAACCUAUACCAGGAGCACUGGGAGCACUGGUCGCACCUGCCCCCCCUAGAGGAGCGCGUCGAGUACCCCUACCAGAACAUCCGCACCAAGAACUUCCCCUGGGGCGACGGCGACAAGACCCUGUUCUGGAACGACAAGGUCAACUACCACAACAAGGACAAGACCACCUAAGCGCCCGGCCGUAGUUGAAAGCCUAUAGUGUGGAAUUGCCCGCGAUGAACUAACUAACUACCUGACUAUGGGAGGCGUAGGAGCGGAGGGAAGUGCAUGCGGGAAUCAGUCAUAGAGCAGGUCGCCCUCGACGAGCAAGACGAGAGACGGACGGGCUGUUUGUGUAUCUUCGCCGUUGUAGAUAUGUCAUUCCUUUUGUCAAUCCAAAAGCAGAUCAACCAUCUUAUCCUACCUUGGACAAGCCCACCUAACUCCUAUAUACACAUCAUUACUUAUUUGUUAUCUU